AUGGAUGUCCAUGGCAGGAUCAGAGAAGUUCUUGCUGAGACUAUACGUGAAGAGUUAGCACCUGAGCAUCAGCAGUUAUCCACAGAAGAUCUGAUAAAAGCCUUAAGACAACGAGGAAUCAUUGAUGAUGUUAUGAAGGAACUUAAAUUUGUAACUGAUGUGAAUGAAGAGGAGAGGACUUCAGCUCCAAAACCAUCAACACAUUUUGUUGACAGAGAGCCACCAGUUUUGAAAAAAACUAACAUUGACCCAACACGGAGGUAUCUUUACCUUCAGGUUUUGGGUGGAAAAGCUUUUCUGGAACAUCUUCAGGAACCGGAGCCUCUGCCUGGCCAAAUCUGUUCCACCUUCACUCUGUGUUUGCAUUUUCGAAAUCAGCGCUUCCGUUCUAAACCUGUCCCCUGUGCCUGCGAGCCAGAUUUUCAUGAUGGUUUUUUACUUGAAGUGCACAAGGAUAGCCUAGGUGAUGGCAGUAAAAUGGUGGAUGCAACCACUAUGUUGUCUAUAUGUGAUCCAGUGCAUAUGGUUCUGAUCAAAACGAACACAUCUGGUGAGACCACACUCAUAGCAUCCUAUUUCUUGGAGUGGCGAUCUGUCUUGGCUGCAGAGAAUGGCUUAACGAAUGUUGCUGUUGAGCUCCUGGGUGUAGGUACAGAAUCCAAGGUUUCUGUUGGCGUUUUAAGCAUCAGACUGGAAAUGUAUCCACAACUUAAUAAGACAUUGUCUCCAGAAAUAACCAAUACUCAAUUUGCUUUGGAACGUCAGAAAACAGCAGAAAAAGAACGGUUAUUUCUUGUAUAUGCUAAACAGUGGUGGAGAGAAUACCUGCAGAUUAGGCCUACGCACAACGUAAGGCUAGUGAAGAUUUUUGCACAGGAUGAAAACGGAGUGAACCGUCCUGUGUGUUCAUACAUCAGACCACUUCGAGCAGGCCGGUUACUAGACACACCGAGACAAGCGGCGCGAUUUGUCAGUGUUCUGGGCUACGAAAGAGCUCCUGUCAUUGGAGGAGGUGGUGGCAAGCAGGAACAGUGGUGCACCCUGCUUGCUUUUCUAUGUAGAAACAAGGGUGACUGUGAAGAUCAUGCUAACCUUCUGUGCAGUCUUCUUCUUGGGUUUGGGUUGGAAGCCUUUGUGUGUGUUGGAACAAAAGCCAAAGGAGUCCCCCAUGCUUGGGUAAUGACUUGUGGAACUGAUGGAACAAUUACUUUUUGGGAGAGCUUAACAGGACAUAGGUACAUCCACAGACCUGUCAACCCUGAUGACCCUCCGCUAGCUGAACAGCCCAAGCCGCUGUAUCCUUACCGCACGAUAGGUUGUAUCUUCAACCAUCAAAAGUUCUUAGGAAACUGUCAGCCCUCUGAUGCAGUGGAGGUCUGUGUGUUUGACCUUCAUGAUGAAUCUAAAUGGAAGCCCAUGAGUGGAGAAGCAAUCAAAUCUGUAUGUGCCCCUGGAACAACAUCUUCAGUUCCCCCUUUCCCUCCUCUGUGCGCUUCCACAGUAGAUGCUGCUGUCACAAGCAAUGAGAUAGAAUUGCAGCUGAGGCUACUGGUCUCUGAACACAGGAAGGUAACGCUGUUUAAAGAUUGUUGUUGAUCUGUUGGGGUAGUAAAGGUGUACGGUUUUACU